GAUUUUAAUUUUUAGUCUGUAUUCUGUUUAUAAAAUAAAUUGUUUUUGUGAUUAUUUUUAUUAUAAUAAUUUUAUAAACUAUUUUCCGUUUAAUAUGAGAUAAAAUUACGCCACGAAAAGAAAUAUGUCAACUAUUAUUAAAUUUGAUUUAAAAGAGCUGCGAAAAUUAGCUAACGAUAAAAAUUCUUGUGUGAUUGAAAAAAAAGUCACCCAAAAUCUAGCUUUACAGCCGUGGUGUCUGGGUAAUAUAAAGGACUCGAUAAAAAAUUUACUAGAUUAUAAAAUAGGAAAAUUUGAUAAAGAAUUUAAUGGGAUUCUGUUGAGUUACAAAAAUCUUCGAGUUCUACAGAAUGUUGGUGAAAUAAGAAAUGACCGGGCAGAUGUACACUUCCAAGUGCAGGCAGAUUACUUUAUAUUUCGCCCACACGUUGGCGCCACAUUGAAAGGGAUUGUUAAUAAAAAAAGUGUUACACACCUAGGCAUCCUAGUACACAGAGUAUUUAAUGUUGUAGUCCCAAGGCCAACAGAGGAACCUGAUGAUUGGAUCGGGUCAACAGUUGAAGAAGGUCAAGAAGUGAUGUUCCAAAUUGUUGUCUUAGACCUGUAUGGAGCUCUGCCCUAUAUCAGAGGGAAAUUGGAUGAAAGAUGGUUGAACAUGGUAGCAGAUGGAGAUGAGGACAAUGGUAUUGAAAUUAAACCAACAAGACCAAUCAAAAUUUCAUAUGUGAAUUUUGACAAAACAAAACCUAUCCAAAAGCAAAUUAAUAAUGAAUCAACACACACAAUGAAUAAUGAAAGUUCCAGUCAUAUUAACAUAGGAAAGAAAAAUUGCAAUGGUCAAUCUAGUAGUAACAUUGAGUGUGAAAAAAAUUUGCCAGAAAAAAUUAAGAAAAAGAAACAGAACAAAGUGGCUGAGUCCGAAGCUAAGCAGCCUGACAUAAUACCCAGGGUAUCAAAAAAACAUAAAAAAGUUGGAUGAUGAUUAGAGUACAAAUAAUAUUAUUUACCUUGCAAAUGGCAUACAUAAAUAACUAUUUUAAAGAUAUUAUAAUUUACUUUAAUAUAAA